GAACGCAGCGCUGAGCCGGAAUGGAGAUGAACGGAGUUGUUUCCGAGUAUCUGAGGAAGUGUGUUGAGAUGAAACGCAACAGUUUGUGCAUGGAAGAGAAGGAAUCCAAUGAGACUGCAGAUGAAACCAAAGUGUCUCACAUAGAAAACGCUUACAGCACGAUACUGAUGGAGCUCGGAGAGGACGUCAACCGAGACGGACUUCUGCGAACACCACUGCGUGCCGCCAAAGCCAUGCAGUUCUUCACCAGAGGCUACAAAGAAACCACCCAGGACGUCUUGAAUGACGCCAUCUUUGAUGAAAACCACGAGGAGAUGGUGAUUGUCAAGGACAUUGACUUGUUCUCUCUGUGUGAGCAUCACCUAGUACCCUUCUUUGGCAAGGCUCACAUAGCAUAUCUUCCAAAUAAGAAGGUGGUUGGUCUGAGCAAGAUAGCAAGAAUCGUGGAGGUCUAUAGCAGGAGACUUCAAGUCCAGGAGCGUCUAACCAAGCAGAUUGCUUCGGCCAUCGUUGAGGCGCUGGAGCCUACUGGAGUGGCGGUGGUCAUCGAGGCUGUUCACAUGUGCAUGGUGAUGAGAGGCGUGCAGAAGAUUAAUGCAAAUACUGUGACGAGUGUCAUGUUGGGAGCCUUCCACGAUGAUCCCGAGACCCGAAAGGAGUUCCUUGACCUCACACUGUAAAAUGAAGAGGUUGACCUUUAACGGGCAAAGAACUGUAUCGUGAAAUCUACUCGCAUUUUCCAUCAUGACAGUGGAUUACAAAUCUGGGAAGUUAGCUCAGUGAGCAUCCAAAAGACGACAGAUGAAAGAUUUGUCCUGUAAAAUUGUAAUGAUACCCAUAAGAUCCAGUAAUGGAACUUAUUGUGACAUCGAAAAGUAUCUUUAACUCAAUUUUUCUUUUGAUUUUCUGAAAUCUGCAAUUGUAUUUUUUUCAUGUAUUUGAUUUGUUUCCAUGCAGGUUUCUUAUAUGAUUUAACUGUAACAUUGGAAUCAAACUGUCAUGCAUCAGUCAAAGUUUGUGUCAAAUUCAUAUGCACAAUAUAAUAAA